AGCCCUUAUCAUGCAGCGUUGCCAGGAGGAUUCAGUGAGUGGGUGAUGGGUAGCCCGGCUCCCUGCAUGCGUUCCUUCGUGUUAGAGGGAAGUGGCUGGGCUGGGGGUCAGAGAAGGGGGGGAGUGUGUCACUGGCAAACUCGUGGUGAGGCUGGCCUUGAACGGUUGAACAAUGGACAACCCCAAGACUAACAGCUGCUGGCACUGACCGAGCACUUGCAAGCCCUGUGCUUCCCUUGCCACAUCUGCUCGAAUCCUUGCAACAACGCUGUGUGACCCCACGUCUCUGCCCCCUGGGCCACCUGCAGGACGCUGGCCCCUGCCCCUCAGCAGACACCAGAGAGAGAUGAGUAGCAACAGAGAGCAGCGGUCAGCAGUGUUCGUGAUCCUCUUUGCCCUCAUCACCAUCCUCAUCCUCUACAGCUCCAACAGUGCCAAUGAGGUCUUCCACUAUGGCUCCCUGCGGGGCCGCACCCGCCGGCCCAUCGACUUUAAGAAGUGGAGCAUCACCGAAGGCUAUGUCCCCCUUCUUGGCAACAAGACGCUGCCCUCCCGGUGCCGCCAGUGUGUGAUUGUCACCAGCUCCAGCCACCUGCUGGGCACCAAGCUGGGCCCUGAGAUCGAGCGGGCUGAGUGCACAAUCCGCAUGAACGAUGCCCCCACCACGGGCUACUCAGCCGAUGUGGGCAACAAGACCACCUUCCGCGUGGUGGCCCAUUCCAGCGUGUUCCGUGUGCUGCGAAGGCCUCAGGAGUUCGUCAACCGGACCCCCGAAACCGUGUUCAUCUUCUGGGGCCCCCCGGACAGGAUGCGGAAGCCCCAGGGCAGCCUCGUGCGUGUCAUCCAGCGAGCAGGCCUGGCGUUCCCCAACCUGGAGGCCUAUGCCGUCUCUCCCAGCCGCAUGCGCCAAUUUGACGACCUCUUCCGGGGUGAGACGGGCAAGGACAGGGAGAAGUCCCAUUCGUGGCUGAGCACAGGCUGGUUCACCAUGGUGAUUGCGGUGGAGUUGUGUGACCACGUGCACGUCUAUGGCAUGAUCCCCCCUGACUACUGCAGCCAGGGGUCCCGCGCGCAGCGCAUGCCCUACCACUACUACGAGCCCAAGGGCCCGGACGAGUGCGUCACCUACAUCCAGAAUGAGCACAGCCGGAAGGGCAACCACCACCGCUUCAUCACCGAGAAGAGGGUCUUCUCGUCCUGGGCCCAGCUGUACGGAAUCACCUUCUCCCACCCCUCCUGGACCUAGGCUGCCUGCCGGGGGUGGGGC